CAUCAACCGGAUAUCUUUUUUGUCAAGUAUACAUAACAAAAUAAUAAAUAGGGUUAAAAGUUAAGAAAGGGCCAAUCAAUGGAGAAAUAUAUAUAAAUAAAAAAAAAGAAAAAGUUGAUAGGGCCAUUCCAAUAUGCACCACAGCUAAGUGUCACGAACUUAGCGUUUUCGUUCGCAAAGUCCGUGCGGCGUCCGCCUUUCUGCUCGAAGAUGGACAAGUCUUUGUUCUCGUUGCUAGCCCGGACCUUCACGUCCUACAACUCAUAGAAAUUUUUCUAAGUCCCUGACAUAAGGGAGACAUAUACACUGGUUAAAGAGCAACGGCCGAGUGAAGUUGCUAGAGUGGAGCCCACCAAUCACUGAUCUGAAACGCCCACCCGCGUGCUCUACCUUCGCCGCGUAAAGCGCUAACAACAUCCAAGCAUAGCUCGUCGGGAAUGGCGCUGGCUUUCAUAGCUUCGUCUGCGGCAUCUACGAUCAUCGAGAAUUUAGUUAACGCAGGUUUAUCCUACGUCGACAAGCAUCAGGUGCCAAGAGGCAUGCAGGAGGAGCUUCAAAGACUGCAGCAAGCGCUUCCGCAGAUCAAAGCGAUCUUGGCUGCUGUUGAGGUGGAACAACAGAUGACGGAACGGAACGAAGCGCUGGAAGCAUGGAUGUGGCAAUUCAGAGAUGCUGUUGAAGAGGCGGAGGACGUGCUUGACGAGGUGGAGUACUACGAGAUAGAGAAGAGAGUGCAAGCUCCAGAUGACCAGGUGCGUGGCACUAUCUCCAAACUGAAGAGAAAAUUCUCUAGUUUCGUUAGUCCUUCCUUUAGAAAUGACACCUUGAAGAGGUUGAGCGAGGCCGUGAAGGGGUUAGAUAGGGUUGCUGCCGGUAUGGGGCCUUGCCUUCAACUCGUUGGCGGGUUGUCUGGUUACGGUGUUAAGUGUCGGCAAUUUGAUGAAAUCAGAAAUUCUCGUGAGACUAGCUCCUUCCUACUGGAAAAGGAGGUGCUUGGACGAAAGACGGAGAGCGACAUGAUAAUUGAAUGGUUGAUCAAACCGACAAGCGAUGAGCCUGAGUCUCUUGCCACUGCUAAUAUCUCUGUCUUUUCAAUCGUUGGUAUUGGCGGGAUGGGGAAGACUACUCUUGCGCAAUUAAUCUACGGUAAUGGGAGAGUACAACAAUACUUUGACCAAACUAUGUGGGUCUGUGUGUCUGACAUCUUUGAUGCAGCGGUGCUAACAAGUAAGAUCCUGCAAGAUAUGACCAAGCGUAGCCCUAAUGUCCAGAAUCUAAACACACUCCAGAAUAUGCUUAGUGAGAAGUUGAUCUCGAAAAGGUUCCUGCUAGUACUAGAUGAUGUUUGGAAUGACAAUAAUAGGAUGGAGUGGGAGAAGUUGGUGGCUCCUUUGAAAUUUGGACGAAGAGGAAGCAAGAUCCUGUUGACAACUCGAAUGGAUUCAGUAGCGGAUAUGGUUGCAAGAGUUAUGGAAUGUAAAAAAGAAUGUUUAAAGCUAGAAGGGUUGAAAGAGAGUGAUUGUAUGUUACUUUUCAAUAGGCAUGCAUUUGCAAAUGUGGACCCAAAUGAUCAUAAAAACUUGCAAUCAAUUGGUAAGCAAAUAGCAGAGAAGCUCAGAGGAUGUCCAUUGGUAGCAAAGGUCAUGGGGGGGCUACUUAAUUCCUGCAUGGACUAUAACUAUUGGAAAAGGAUGUUGAGUGACAAUAUUGUGAAUUUACAGCAAGGUGUGAACGGUACCAUGGAAGUUUUAAAAUUGAGCUAUCACCACCUUCCUACAGAUUUGCAGCUUUGCUUUCGACAUUGUAGUUUAUUUCCUCAAGAUCAUCGCUUUCGAGGGAAUGAAUUGAUCUAUAUGUGGAUGGGCUUAGGGUUUGUCCGGCAGUGCGGAAAACAGAGUCCAGAGGAUAUUGGAAAAGAAUAUUUAGCUCAACUAACAAGAAAAUCUUUUUUUGAUAUCUUAUACGAAGAUGUCUAUGUUAUGCACGACUUGCUGCAUGACUUGGCACAAUCUGUUUCUUCAAAGGAAUGCUUGAGGAGAAAAGGUGAUAGUUUAAGGGAUAUCUCGAAAACAAUUCGUCACGUAUCAAUUGAAACGACAAGCUCUCUUCUGAUCAGAGAGAUCUCAUGUCUCAAGAACUUACGCACCCGCACCCUUAUCUUACAUAUUAAAAAGGAUAGGAACCGCGAUAUAGAUCAUGCACUUAUACUUGGUCACGUUCUAAAAGAGUUGAAAAGUCUACGCUUGUUGUGCAUAACUGCAGAUUACUUGUGCAAAUUGCCGGAUGCACUUGAUACUUUAAUACACCUUCGCUACCUGUCUUUUCAGCCUGAAAGUGAUUUCAAUAAAAAUUUACCAGAGUGGUUUUCACAGUCAGUCUGUAGGCUCUAUCACCUCCAAGUAUUGGAUAUAAGAUUUCCCCCAGAAAUGAUUUGGAAUAUUGAUAAGAAUAGUAUUACGGAAAUUAAUGGCCUGAGCGAUCUGGUUAACUUGCGGCUUUUGAAUGUUCCUCAUGGUUUGAUGACCAAGAUUCGUUGGAUCGGAAAACUAACUUCCCUUCAGAAGUUAAGAAACUUCCAUAUCCGAGUAGAGAGCGGUUACAAGAUAGGCGAACUGAAGGACCUUGCGGAACUUAGUGAAAUAGAUGUUGGUAAUCUUGAGAAUGUGAGGAGUUCUGAAGAGGCCGUAGAGUCCAAGUUGAAUGAGAAAGAGAACCUGAGUUCCUUGUCAUUAAAUUGGUCUGGAGGACGCUCUAGUGCUCCUGAGGUGGAUGAGCAGCUUCUUGACAACCUUCGACCGCAUAUCAAUCUCCAGACUCUGUCAAUUGAAGGAUAUAUCGGUGUUAGAUAUCCAUGUUGGAUGACAGAUUUCUGUCUCCCCAAUUUAACAUCAAUCCACCUGCGCUGCUCCAGAUUAGAGCAAUUCCCACCUCUUGGGCAGCUAGCUUUACUCCGGAAUCUUUGUCUGUCCAAUAUGGCGGCAAUCAAACGAGUAGAUUGGUCAGUCUAUGGAAGUGCCGAUGGCUGUGCCUUUCCAUUUUUGGAAGAAAUGAAAUGUUUUAUCAUGCCAGCAUGGGAGGAGUGGCUUACAGCUGCAGAUGGCUGCCCUUUCCCUCAACUUAAAAUACUAAAAAUUACAGAUUGCCCUAAUUUGAGGGGAAUGCCCACUCUACCUCUUAGUCUAAGAGAAUUGACUAUUCAUAAUGUGGGAAUAACUGCAAUUCCAGCAAUGUAUCGGGACAUUAGCAACGAUAACAAUAGUGCGUCAUCAUUUGAAUUAGCACCUUCCCUGUGUGUCGAAAAUAGCCCAAGCCAAUCAUCGAUAGAUGGAUUCCUACUGCAGCAACAAGAAUAUUUUCAGGCUCUUAGGAUUUUAUCCAUCGAAGAGUGUGAAAGGCUUGUGCAUCUGCCACCAGAGUGGUCUGCGAACCUCUUCUCCCUCGAAUCACUGACUAUAAUAAAAUGCCCAAAGUUGAUAACGUGUGGAAUCCAAGACAGCAACCUGCCCUCGGCAAUCCAAUCCCUUUCUUUUGGAUCAUGUGGUGGCCUCUAUGCGUCAUUGCUCGGGCGGUUACCGUAUCUCACUUCUCUCACAAGCUUGACAUUACGAAAAUGUGCAAUCACAACAUCCCUUCCCGGGGCAGAAGUAUUUGCAAGAUUGGCAUCAUUAUCACGGCUCUGGAUAUGGUACUGCAGAGAGUUGGCAUCAUUUGGUGGGAUAGAAGCUCUUGCAUCCCUCAAAUACUUGUCAGUCGUAGGAUGUGACAAGCUCAUCACUGUUUCGUUGUUGCAGCCGCCACUGGGCGCUGAUGUUAGCCAGGGAGGUGCUGUGGCCUCCUCCUUAAGGCUUGACCAUCUUCAUAUCGACCGGCAAUCGCUCCUGUCCAUGGAACCACUAAGAAACCUCUCGUCCACUAGAAUAUUGACUCUCGAUGGUUCUUCCCAGCUCACAUCCUUACCAGAGCAAUGGCUGUUGCAAAAUCGUUCCUCCCUCCAAUGUCUAAUAAUAGGUAAUGCAGAUUCUCUUCAGUCCCUACCCCCAAGCAUGACGAGCCUCUACUCCCUACAGAAAUUGACUUUAUUUGGGGCUCCUUCGAUUCAGUCACUCCCAGAGUUCCCUGCGUCACUAUGGUCUCUAAAAAUUGGUGGAUGUCACCCGGUGUUGGAGGAGCGGUGCCAAAAGGAUACAGGCCUUGAGUGGCCUAAGAUUGCCAACAUUCCUCAUGUGACUAUUACAAACGAGAAUGAAAUGUGGGAUACCUACGGGUAGAUUCAAGCAUGAUUAUUAUUUAGACCAACCCAAAAUUUAUGUUGUUAUCUGGCAAUCAAAUUCUCAAGUUUUCUCUGCUAUUCCUUCCUCACUUGGAUCUUAAUGUCUUAUGCCUCCUUUAUAUAUUUAUAUGUCUCCUCUUUUUUUUUUUCCAGUUCAACUAGGCCAGAUGUCUCUCUGUCAAACAUGCAAAAAUAGUCUGUUUCAUUUCUCAUUUUUUCAGUGUCUUUGUUAAUGGACUUAUCUGCAAGAAUAAUCAACCAGUAUACAUCUCUCAUCUUCAUCAAUGGUAACCUCGUAGAGGUACUAAAAUUAAUUAUGUUUAGAAUUUACUUAAAAGAUCUUGCUAUACUUUUUUUGUAAUUCAUGUUUUGGUAAUCUGUGUUGGCCUAAUUAAAUUUAUCAUGAGAAUAUGCGAGUUGAAUGCUUGAAUGCCCCUCUUCUACUUUAUGCCGUGAUCACAAUGCAGUAUUCUUGUAGGUUUGAAUAUAACUUAGAUUUUGUUGCUAAAGCCAGCAUGGCAUAGAAGUUUCUUUUUGCUUUCUUAUGCUUUAUUAAAUCAGAAACUAACUAGUUCAUCCAGCUAUUUUAUUUU